AUGGCAUCAUGGUACCUCCUCCAGCAUCAGCAGCCUAUGCAAGAUGAUCAACAGGCGCGCAUUUGUGUGGUGGCCGGUGUUGAAUAUGAGCAUGAGGACGACCACAACUAUACGUCCUUUACCAGUGAUGAGUUGGACAGCCUUGAAGAGUUUGACUUUGGCUUGACAAAUGAUGACGGUGAUGAGCCUGCUUCUGAAGAUGUGUUGGUGCAACAGCUGGUUUUUCCAUAUACAGAGCAAGAGCCACAGCUGAGCACAGAUCAGUUGAAGCACCUGGAUGCCAUGGCGAUGGAAGUGGAAACGGCCCGUUUGAAGCAGAUGGGUGUCCGUCUCCCUCCUGAGAGCGUUGAAGGAAUGAACCCAAAAAGACUUUCCACCAGGUAUGUCAUCACCUGGCGUGACAAGGUGUUGAAUGGCAAGAGGUGUUGGCUCAGAAGAGCCCGAUAUGUGGCAAGAGAGUACGCUUGGUUGUCACCUGAGCGUCAGGACUUGUUCAGCCCAGCGUCGAGCAACAUCACUAAUCGUUUGCUGCCUUCAGUUUUUUUGCAUUGGAAAAUGAAACAUCCUGAGAAGCAGUUUGUGAUGGGCGCCAUUGACAUUGGCGAUGCUUUUCUGACAGUUGAACAAAAACAACCCACGAUUGUUUCUUCAGGGUCAGAGACCUUUGCUCUGGGACGUGUGCUCCCUGGGCAACGAGAUGGCAGUCAACUUUGGUUUGAGAGCGUGAGUGGAUUCCUCAAUGAGAAGCUUGGCUUUGAACACUGCAGUGCAUACCCUAGCUUGCUUCACAGUCCAUGUGGUGAAUGUUUGAUUUUACUACACGUGGACGACAUGCUUGUGGUGACAGAACAGCAUUACUUCGAGGGCAAACUUCUUCCAGCCCUCAAUGGAAGAUACAAGACCUCAGUGCACUGCAUGAAACAGCCUGGGGAUACCCUUGAUUUUUUGCAUCGUAUCCAUGUCCUUGUUGAUGAUGCGACGAUCCACAUCCAACAGAAUCCACGUCACUUUGACAAGUUGUUUGAAGUUGUCGGGGUUCAGAGCACAAUGAACCCAAAGAAAGUGCCUUGCCAUGAAAUGAUGACGGAGGUAGAUGACACUCCAUUGCUCCAGGCAGAGAAGGCAUCUCGAUACAGGUCAGCUGUGGACAUUUUGCUCUACCUUUCGACAGACCUUGUCGAGUGCUCAUACACCAUCAGGGGAUUGGCACAGUCUAUGAGUGCACCAACCGAAAGAAGCUGGACAAUGAUGAAGCAUUUGUGUUUGUACCUACUUUCAGUACGUGAAUUGGUUGGUACAGAUGUGGUGACAAGGGAACGUGCAGCAGAUGAUGUCAGAGGUGUGCUGCGCAUGCUGCGUGAAAGCAUUGGUGAAAGAAGUAGUCACAAAACCAUGGUUGCAACGAAGCGUUCUCUGCAGACCUUGUUGCUGCUGAGUCUAGUGCAUUCCACAGACGCCUUGAGCCUGACGAGCCCAAUUUCCUUUUCAGUGCUUGAGCAAUUGCAACUUCAUGGACUGUCAUGUUGGAUGGUUUCAAUUGUGAUCCUCUUUUUCAUGUUUGCCUCACUGCUGAUUGCCAUGCCACCACGUCACAGCAUGUUGGAAGAACCAGAGCCAGAAGACACGUCUGGCAGUGCUGCAGUCUCUUCAAGCAGCCCUGCACCCAAGUACAACAAAGCGGCAGUGUACUGUUUCCUUUGCAUUUGCUUGAAACGCAGCUUGGAGCUGAUCGAUGAGGCAGAAGCUGAAGAUGACAGUGCAAAGACCAGUGCACUGCAUGCAAUCUACGAAGUUUUCAUGGAUUUGUUUUGUGCGUUUGAGCGUGAUGGAAUUUCUCCAGCAAGCUUGCAGUCAAUGAAAGACAUGCAUGGUGCGUUGAAUGUGCAUGACCCGGACUUCAAGGCUAGUGAUUUCAUGACGAUGGAACUUGACAAUGGUUUCACCAUGUCUACUCCUGAACCAGAGAUUGAGAGCUUGCUUCCUCCAGAUCCACCUGACGAUUUCUUUGCUGAAGAAAUGGCUCCUCCAUUUGAGCCUCGAAGCCCCGAGCAUAUGGCAAUGUGGAUGAUCCAACGAUUGACUGAGAAAUUGCGUUUUGAGAUGGAGUCUGGAAAUCCUGAAGGUGUGCUGAAGCAUGUGGAACGAAGGGAGAUCAUGGUAAACUUGUGCCGAUUCUGCAACGAAAGACCAGAGCAGAGAUUGGAAGUAUGGAAAAUGAUGCAAAGCCUCACAGACAUUUCCAGCGAUGAAGAAGCAGAUGAUUAA